AUGCGCUGCUGGACCUUGGCGUCGACUGCGACGGAGCGGCUGGCGGUGUCUGUGCCCAUGCCCCGUGCCUCAGCGCUGUUCCCUCGCCCAGCUGGGCAAGGUACAGCAAAUCCAGCUCGGCAAACGCCAUGGAUGGCAGGUGUAGCUGCAGGAGCAGGUGCUGUCGGUGUCAUGGCAUCAAGAUCCAGGACAACACAAGCUCAGUCCAGUUGCCAAGGAGGUGAUGCUGAUCUAUCACAACUGCCAUUCUUGUAUGGAACUGCUUGGAAAGAAGCCGCAACGACUGACUUGGUGGUGAAGGCGGUGAGGGCGGGAUUUCGUGGAAUCGACACGGCCUGCCAGCCGAAGCACUAUCGCGAGGAUCUAGUAGGGGCCGCAUUGGCCAAGCUUGCUGCAGAAGAGCAGCUUCCGCGCGAGGCUUUGUGGAUCCAGACCAAGUUCACACCUUUGCGAGGACAGGACCCGAAUCGAGUGCCGUAUGAUAGCAAGGCGCCCCUGGCUGCUCAAGUGGAGCAGUCCAUCCAAAAAUCCUUGCAGAACCUCGGCACCACCUACAUCGACUCGCUGGUGAUGCACUCGCCCAUGCCGUCGCUGGAGGAGAACCUUGAGGUGUGGCGUGUGUUCGAACAAGCUGCAGAACAAGGUCAAGUCCGCCAACUGGGCAUAAGCAAUUGCUACGACCCACGUACUUUCCGUCGAAUCUACGACAACGUGAGGAUCAAGCCCAGAGUGUUGCAGAAUCGCUUUUACGUGGAUUCUGGCUACGACUUGGAGCUUCGCCAAUUCUGCCGAGAACAAGGCAUCACGUACCAAACAUUUUGGACGCUAACCGCGAAUCCACAUGUGCUGGCAUCGCCCCCGGUGCAGUCGGCAGCGCAGCGCUUGCGCGCCACGCCUGCGCAGAUUCUCUUCAGAUGGCUGAUCCAGUCAGGACACCAGCCGCUAACAGGAACUAAGAGUUCUGAGCACAUGCAGCAAGACUUGGAGGUUAUGAGCCUUCCGCUGACAGAUGGCGAGAUGCGAACUAUCGGCGACAUGUUUGCCCCUGGCGUGCCGCACCCGAUCUUCUUGAAGUGGUCUCAAGAUCCGAGGGCUGAGGUGAGUACCUUGCACUCCACGGCCUUCCGAAAUUUCUUGGUUUUCGCCGCUUCAAACCUGCUCUUCGACAUCAUGGCUGUUGCGCUGGCAAGUGCCAGGUACGCCUUCUUGGGCAGGAGUCGGGGCUACGGUGAGAUUCUGAAUGAGGCGCCAGCGCUGCCGAAAGAUCUCGCAGCCCACGCGUACUCAGCACCGUGA